ACCUCUCAGAGAGUUCUGUAGCCUGAAGUUCUGUAGUUUCAGACUUUUAAGGAUGGAUGUCUACUCACUAUGUACAGUGCUCCUGGUGCUUCUCAUCACCUGCUUCUUGGCUAAAUUCAGGAGGAUGAUGUUGGAAAAAGCCAAACUUCCCCCUGGACCAACUCCUUUUCCCAUCAUUGGAACCCUCUACAAGAUGAACUUCAGCAAUAUUGUGCAUUCACUAAUGGAGCUACAUAAAACCUAUGGAGACAUAUUCACUGUAUAUGAAGGGAACCGUCCUUGUGUUGUGCUGUGUGGAUAUAACACUAUAAAGGAGGCUCUGAUUGACAACGCAGAAGAAUUCAGUGGUCGAGCUUAUUAUGCUUCAUUCAGUGACUUUACCAAGGGAGAUGAUUUGGCAUUCAGCAAUGGUGAGAGGUGGAAGGAGCUGAGAAGUUUUUCCAUGUUAACAUUAAGUAACUUCGGGAUGGGGAAACGUAGCAUUGAGGAGCGGAUAAAGGAGAAUUGCGAGUAUCUCAUUGAUAUGCUGAGGAAAGCAAAUGGUUCUCCGAUAGAUCCCAAACAUCACAUACACAGUUCUGUGUGUAGCAUCAUUUGCACUGUUCUGUUUGGGAAACAGUUUGAUUAUCAAGAUAAGGAAUUUAAAACUCUUAUGCAUUAUACCGUGGAUAACUUCAGAAUCAUGAGUAAUCCUUGGGGGCUGUUGUACAACAUCUAUCCAGACUUCAUGAAGUAUAUACCAGGUCCUCAUAAGCAAUUGAUGAAAAAUUAUACAGGAAUAAUUGACUUUAUCAAGAAACAAAUGGAGAACAACAUGAAGGAUUUGGACAGCAAUAACCCCAGAGAUUUUGUAGAUUGUUUCCUGAUCAAAAUGGAGAAGGAACAGAAAAACAAAGCUACCUACUAUAAUACCAACUCUUUGCUGAUGAGCGUCCUGGUCUUGAUCUUCGCCGGAACGGAAACCUUGGGCAACACAUUGUGUUACACGCUUUUACUACUUAUGAAACACCCCAAUGUAGCAGAGAAGGUCUACCAAGAGGUAGACGAUGUCCUUGGUGGCCACCCUCCAAAUUAUGAGGACAGACAUAAGAUGCCUUAUACUGAAGCUUUUAUACAUGAGGUUCAGAGAUUUGCUGAUGUAGCUCCACUGAAUGUUUUACAUAAGCUGACAAAGGACACCGAGUUUCGCAAUUAUACAUUGCGCAAGGGAACAGCCAUCCUCCCACUGCUGACUAGUGUACACUAUGACACGACCCAGUUCAACAACCCUAAGGAAUUUAACCCAAACAACUUUCUGGAUGGAAAUGGGAAGUUUAAGAAGAACAAUGCACUGAUGCCAUUUUCAGCAGGCAAGAGAAUUUGUCCUGGAAUGAGCCUGGCAGUUAUGGAAAUUUUCUUGUAUGUCACCACGCUGCUACAAAGCUUUACCAUCAAGUCACCGGUCCCCCCUGAAGAGAUCUCAGUUGCACCAGUGGGAGUGGGGCUUGCACACAUCCCUCCCAACUAUGAAAUUUGCCUUUUACCUCGCUCAUGUUCUCAAGAAUAAAAGGAUAAAAGAAUACAUUUGCACACAUCUUUUGUACUCAGUAAAACUUUCAUGACUGGGGACCAGUAAAGCAGUACAUUAUCUUCCUAGGCUAGCGGUGGGCUUUAUUGGUCUGGUUUGGAGUAUAUUCAAUAAGAGUCGGAUCCAUUCUGACAUGCAUUUGUCAGAAUGGAUCGACCCUAUUCAGGGUCACAUCCAGCAGUUGCUGUCAGCAGAACCCCAUGUGUGAGAUCACAGGGAGCUGCUGGAGGGAGCCGCACUCAGCCAUAUAGCCGCCUGCCGGCCAGGGAGCACAGCCGGGAGUGAAAAUACUGGCUGGGGGGCCGACCGUCAGAGAGGUGUGUGUCUUCCACCAAUCGCAGCUCCAGCUGCCCCCGCCAGUAAGCACUCUCUCUCCCUCCCUUGCCCCGCUCCCCCCGUCUGAUCUCCUCAAACCGACUUUUUUUUUAAAUUUAGAUUGUCGGAAACAGAGCCAAAACCUGUCGGAUUUUGUCCUGUUUCUGACAGAAGCAUGCGGAUCGGUGGUUAUUCCGCCGAUCUACGUGUUUCCUACAAGUCGGGAAUUCCCGACUUGUCGGAAAAAAGCAGCCCCUAUUGAAUAGGUCGGAACCUGCCGUCUUUCCGACAAGACGGCAGUUUCCGACUCUUAUUGAAUAUACCCGUGUAGUAAAAAGCACUAGUGAGGGGGUUAAUAGAUAUUCAUUUUAGUUUAGCACCUAGGCUUGGCCAGAAAAAAAGUAAUAUAGAACAAUGCACAUAGUGUUUUAUUUAAAGUCAGAGCCUGCCAGGUCAAUCAAAAAUAAUGUAAUUGUUGCCCAACCAUGUAACAGUAUGAUGUGAGCACAUAACAAGAAGCAUACUUACUGUACCUACUCUCCUGGAAGGUUCAGGAGACUCAUGAUUUAUCGGGUAGUCCUCCAGAUCCCCAGAUGAGUGUAUGGAUCUCCUACCUCCACCCUCUUCCUAGUGAAGCAAGCGGGAUGUGGAGCUAAUAGUUGCAAGUCUGUAGAGAGGGAGAGGGGACAAUAUCAUACAAUUUGCAUAAUGUUAGCCCUGCCUCUCCCAGUGGACAAGCGGAACUGGGCAAACUAAAGAUUACAUGACUGUGACAGCUCACUGGGUGGGUGAAUCCCUUUUAGCAGCAGGAACAGCAGCAGCAUCUAACAAACAAUGUAGGCUCAUUCACAGGCAGGCUACUCUCUAUAUCACCGGCUUCACUAAGAGACAUACCGCUGACCAGUGCCGUAACUAGACAUUUUAGCGCUGUGUGCAAGAAACAGACCCCCAUAGUUAAAACAGGACCAAUGCACAACGAAGGCGCAUGCAAAAAAUAUAGGGGAGUGGCUUCAUGGGGAAGGGGUGUGGCCACAAAAUUAUACCAAUUCAUAUUACACUGCAUAGUAGUCUCCAUUAUUUAAACUACGCCGCACAGUAGCGCCACUUGCAAACAUUACACCAGGUAGUGCCCCAAAUUACACAUUGCGCCCAGUAGAUUUCCACUUUUACACAUUACAGCAGGUAGAGUCACCUUUUAGACAUUACAGCAGCAGAGUCCCCCUUUUUACACAUUACGGAAGCAGAAUUCCCCUUUUUACACAUUAUGGAUGCAGGGUCCCCCUUUUUACACAUUAUGGCAGCAGAAUCCCCAUUUUUUUACACAUUAGGGCAGGCAGAGUCCCCAUUUUUACACAUUACAGCAGGCAGAGUCCCCCUUUUUACACAUUACGGCAGCAGAAUCCCCCUUUUUACACAUUACGGCAGCAGAGUCCCCAUUUUUACACAUUACGGCAGCAGAAUCCCCUUUUUUACACAUUACGGAAGCAGAGUCGCCUUUUAACACAUUACGGCAGCAGAGUCCCUUUUUACACAUUAAGGCAGCAGAGUCCCUUUUUACACAUUAAGGCAGCAGAGUCCCUUUUUACACAUUAAGGCAGCAGAGUCCCCUUUUUUACACAUUACGGCAGCAGAAUCCCCCUUUUUACACAUUACGGUAGGUAGAGUCCCCAUUUUUAAACAUUACAGUAGCAGUCCACUUUUUUUUUUUUUACACAUUACGGCAGCAGAAUCCCCCUUUUUACACAUUACGGCAGCAGAGUCUCCCUUUUUACACAUUAUUGCAGGCAGUGUCCCCUUUUUACACAUUACGGCAGCAGAGUGGCGGUGGUUGCGGCCCUGCAUGUGUUGCCAGCAGUCCUGCGCCCAGGCACUGCUGGCACACACCUAGUUACACCCCUGCCCUAUACGACACACUACAUAUAUACACUAUACCCCCCCUAUGUGCUGCACUACAUACUACACUAUAAACACCCAUACCACAUACUACAUCACUACACUGCAUUACAUGCCUCACAAUACAAUUAAAACAUAGCCCCUGAGAAACAUGGUAUUUUCCAAGCUAUACAGAUCAGUUGGAUAGAAUUUAAAACAUCCCCUACUUAUAAGGCUUUAGUCCCUCCUGAUAAGACGUGAUCUGGAUUUUACCCCAAAGUAUCUUGGCCUUUGAGACAUGUUCUUCUUAUAAGUUUCUUCUGUGCUUCCUUUUAUCGUCUUAGAUAUUGUACACGGUUUCUCAUAUGUGUCCCCAGUGGCCCUCUUUGCUGAUACCUUUCUUUCUCUCUCUUCACUUCUUUCUAUUUUUCCAUUUUCUUUCUAUUUUUCCCUCCUACUCUUUAUUUCUGGUUUGCUUGCAAGUUCUUUUCUUUUUAAUUAAAUAUUUUUGGCAUUUUCUCUUACUGUAAGUGUGGUAAAUGUAUGCUUAUUCUUUGAGUAUUAGUACUUACAUAUUGUCCCGUAUUGCUAUGUUCCACCCUUUUUUGACAAUAUGUUUGACUUUAUUGUGAAUUGGCAUUUGAAAAUAAAGGAUUUAUAAAAAACAAAAAGUUAAAA